UCUUCGCUUCGGUGAACGUGAAUCGAAUCUCGCAUUACACAUCGAUCAUCAAGUGUUGUGUCUCGUUGAAAAUUUGUCAUUUUUGUGAUCUGUCUUUUCGGGUCAACUAUGGCUCAAUUCGAAGCCCAUGAGAACGAUGUAACGGAACAAAUUAAAACAAUCGGGUCCAACGAACCGGCAUCGAAAGGUUGGCAAGCAUUCCAAGUCGUAUUUUGGACGUGGCUGACGGUAGUGACUGUUGUUGGGAAUUCUUUGGUGCUUCUGUGUAUUGCGUUUAAAAAGCGCCGAAAUUCGUCCAUGUUUAAGUUUUAUGGGAGCCUUGCCUUGGGAGAUCUGAUCGUAGGGAUUUUUUGCGCUCCCCUUCUACUAGCAGCAGCAUGCCGCCAGCAGUGGAAGAUGGGAAACGCCUUGUGUUACGCUUACUCCACUGUGAUUUCACUGUCUCUCAACGUCUCCGUCAUGACUUUGUUUCUAAUCAGCUUAGACCGCUUAAACGCCGUUUCAAAGCCUUUCCAGUAUAGAGCAAAAGAAACCUUCACGCAGAAAUGGGCAUUAUGGCUCAUUCUCUUCACCUGGCUACAUUCCAUAUUCUGGGCCGCGGCGCCCUUGGUGGGCUGGGGAGAGAUAAUCAAUGACGAAAUUACCAACUCCUGCAAGCCUAACUGGUCAGCGAAAGGACUCAAAAAUGGUACGUACUCCAUGGGAUUAGCAGUAUUUCCCUUCGCUAUUCCUGUGUUGUCGAUGAUAGUUGUGUAUAUAAUGAUAUAUUAUAGGUCGAAAGUGAGCAAUCGUUUCAUCAGAAAUAGAUCACAGACCUUAGCCGAUGAAGAAAAAAAGCGACGAAAGCAACAAAAUGCUAUAUUACGGACAGUGUUAGUAGUCGUGGGUAUGUUUGUGUUUUGUUGGCUACCCUACACCAUCGCUACCAUUUUCAAACUGUUUUUCCGCGCCCUUCCACCCACGUGGUUAGUUCAUCUGGGUUUAAUGCUUGCCACUGCGAACAGUGCGGCUAACCCCGCGAUAUACUCAGCAUUUGAUAAGAGUAUGCGGAACGAGUUCAAGCGAAUGUUACUCAUUUGUCGCAAAAAACGGGACACGCUAGAAGAGGAUGGGGUGCGAAGUCGGCGAACCAGCUCAAACAUGGCUACGUGGAACAAUACGAUCACAAGAAUAAGCGACGAAGCUGUCAACAAGAUUAUUAAUAAGGAUACGAAGGAGAUGAACGGUAAUAAUUUACCAAGAAAACAAACGAUGACAGACUCUUACAACAAUAUGAUCGAGUUGUUCGUUAAGGACAUCGGUCAAAAAUGGGAAAACCCCUCGAGAGAGACUUGGGUAUAGAUAUCUGUGUUGUGGAUGUUUAUAUGUAAGAACACAUUUGUGAAACAGACAGGGAUCCCCGCCGGAUCCUCACGAAGCCCAUCCUCCAUUUGAUGCGCCGAUCGACAAUCAUCCGAAAUUCACGGAACAUUGGAGUACAUUGACUUCUCCUUAG